AUGCAUUCCUGGUUUGAUGAGUUUAACGAGAUGAUGGUGGUGGUUGUGGAGGAAUCAUACGUGACGGAGGAAUCAUACGUGACGGUUCAUGGUUCUUGCUCGGUGGUGGUGGAGGAAUCAGACGUGACAGGCCAUGGUAAGCGAGAGCUCAAAGAUGAUGUUCUGGAGACUAAUCCGAUUCUGAAGAAACAUAAGGAAAUAUCCGAGGAGGAGGAGAAGGAGAAGGAGACAACGGGAGUAUUUGCUGAUGAUAGUCUCCAGCAGCAGAUCAAAGGAAGGCUCGAGUUGUUGGUGGAGACAAACUCUGAUCAGGCUAAUAAUUUAAUUCCAGUGAAGGAGGAGGAGGAGGAGGAGGAGGAGGAGGAGAUUGUGGAAAGACUUGAUGAAACUGACGGUUUCUUAAAGUCAUCAGUUGCAUCAGUAAGCAAAAGGACGCUCUUUGUUGACCAUCUCGCUGUCGGUCUUGGAAUUUCAAAUAUUAUGAAUUUCUUCAAAGAUUUUGGACAAGUGGUUAGUGUUCAACUUACUUUAAACCACGAGGGUAAGCGUACUUCCAGUGGCUUUAUUGAGUUAGCUUCUGCUAACGAAGCAAAGAAGACAGUUGCAAGAAUAAGAAAGACGCUCUUUGUUGCCAAUCUCUCUCCCCAAACUAAAUUAUCACAUAUCAUCAAAUUUUUCCAAGAUGUUGGAAAAGUUGUUAGUGUUCGACUUAUUGUAAACCCCGAGGGUAAGCAUGUGGGCUAUGGUUUUGUUGAGUUUGCUUCUCCUUGCGUAGCAAAGAAGGCGCUGGAAGAGAAGAAUGGUGAAUAUUUGCACGAUCAUAGGAUUUUUCUUGAUGUGGCUAAGACAGCUCUAUACUCUCCACAAUCCAAGUACAACCUUGUAGAGAAGCUUUGGUACGAAGACUACCUUCUACGAGAAAGCCGUCUGGUAGUAGAAGAUGAGACACUGGAAGGACUUGAUGAAACUCACAUUUUUGCAGUUGCUGUAAGAAAGAAGACGCUCCGUGUUUCCCAAUUCCCUAACCAAGCUAAAAUAUCAGAUAUCAUCAAUUUCUUCAAAGAUGUGGCAACAAUUGUUCAUGUCCGACUUGCUGUAAACCACAAGGGCAAGCAAUUAUUUCACUAUGCCUUUGUUGAGUUUGCUUCCGCUAAUGAUGCAAACAAGGCGCUGGAAAAGGAUGGUGAAUAUUUGCUCAAUCGCAAGAUUGAUGUAGAUGUGGCUAAGGCAGCUCCAUACUCUCUACGACCCAAGUAUUGCAUAGAUUACAAGGUUUGGUAUGAAGACUACCUUCAACGAGAAGGCCUUCUGAUAGAAGAAGAUGAGGCAGUGGAAGGACUUGAUGAAACUCCCAGUUUUGUUGAGGAAGUUGCCGUAAGAAAAAAGACGCUCUAUAUUGCCAAUCUCCCUCCGAAAUUUAAAAUACAUUACAGCAUCAAUUUCUUUAAAGAUGUUGCAGAAGUUUUUAGUGUUCGGCUUAUUGUAAACCACAUGGGUAAGCAUGUGGGCUGUGGCUUUGUUGAGUUUGCUUCUGCUAACCAAGCAAAGAAGGCACUGCAAAAGAAAAACCUAGGAAGAUUGCAGAGUCAUUGUGUUUUUCUUGACGUGGCUGAGAUAGCUCCAUACCCUCUCCGACCCAAGUACGACCUUGCAGAGAAGCUUUGGAACGAAGAUUAUCAUCGACGAGAAAGCCUUAUGAUAGAAGAAGAUGAUUUGGAUACCAAACCCAAUAGGAAAAUGAAGCUCUUUGGUGUUUACAAGCAGGCAAUCUUGGGCUUAUCUUGCGGUAAGAAGAUUACCUUCUCUUACGACAAGUGA